UUCCUUUUGGCUGAUUGGAUAGCAACACUAUCACGUGUACGGAAAUACACCGGAGAAAAACGGGACACUGGGGACAAACUAUUCACUUGGACAAUGGCAGCUUCAAGGAAAAUGGGAUCUUUGCGCCUGCCUCCGCUGCCCACUGUAGGUGAGCUGAUAAAGCUGUACAACCUGCGAGCAGAAAAGCAGCUUUCCCAGAACUUUCUGUUGGACUUAAAGCUUACAGACAAGAUAGUUCGCCAGGCCGGCAGUUUGACGGGUGCUCACGUCUGCGAGGUGGGUCCAGGUCCCGGCGGUCUCACCCGCUCCAUUCUCAACGCAGAAGCGGCAGAUGUGCUAGUUGUGGAGAAAGAUUCACGCUUCAUCCCUGGACUGAAGCUGCUGUCUGAGGCGUCAGCAGGCCGGCUGAGGAUCGUUCACGGAGACAUCCUCACCUACAGGAUGGAUCGAGGAUUCCCAGCAGCUAUUUCAAAGCCUUGGGAGGAAGACCCACCAAACCUUCACAUCAUUGGGAACCUACCAUUCAGUGUCUCAACCCCGCUCAUUAUCAAGUGGCUGGAAAAUAUAGCGGACAGGACGGGGCCGUUCACCUUCGGACGCGCCCGACUCACCCUCACGUUCCAGAAGGAGGUGGCAGAGAGGUUGACAGCCAGCACCGGCAGCAGUCAGAGAAGUCGUCUGUCCAUCAUGGCUCAGUAUCUCUGCACCGUCAAGAAGCGCUUUGUCAUCCCUGGUCGAGCGUUUGUUCCCAAGCCAGAGGUGGACGUGGGAGUAGUUCACUUCACCCCUCUGGUCAAGCCUCAGAUUCAACAGCCCUUCAAGCUGGUGGAGAAAGUAGUCAGGAACGUUUUCCAGUUCCGCCGGAAGCACUGCCAUAAAGGAAUCAGAAUGCUGUUUCCGGAGGUGUGCCGCUUGGAGCUGACGGAGGAGAUGAUGCAGAGGGCAGACGUGGACCCUGUUCUGCGCCCCACCGAGCUCACCAUACCCCACAUAAGGGCCUUAUCGGACGCCUAUGCUCACCUCUGCGCCAACGACCCCAGCCUCUUUAGCUACGACUUCAGAGAAGAACUCAGGCUGAAGCACCUGGGGAGGAAUCACCACACUUCAGUGGACGCGUUUAAGGAGAUGCCGAGUGGUCCGCAACCGUGCUGAAAACAAGCAUGGAAACCAAAAGGAGCCCACUAAUAGCCUCUGCUAGCGCAGAAAGACAACACAUUGCUCUUAGCCUUGACAUUUCCACCUGGCACAGACAUGCAUUUUUAAACAUUCUCUUUGCACCCAGGGAGAAAUAAGUCAUUCGAAACACAUGAACGGUGUACGAGCGGUGCUUACCUUCCAUGCGUUUUUGGAAAGCGAAAGAAAGCAGCUAGUUGCCCGUAGCAGCUCCUGGCGAGUAAGUAUCUCUUUAUGUCCCAUUUCUUUUUUCAUUUCUAACACCUUGUCCUGUGGGAGCUGAAAGAAAUGUCAGUGCUUUCAGGGUGAUUUAGAGAUUGGGAACAUGGCAGCUCCACAUCCAGGACAAUUUUUUUUUUAUUCAAGUGUGUAUUGCUCCGUCACUUGGGAGACGGAGCUUAAAGGGCUGCUGAAAUUGCUGUGAAUUUGUCAGCUCAAAUAAAAAGCCAGACAAAAUAAGGAUCAGAACUCAUAGUAAAAUAAUUUUUAACCAUCUUUUCUCUUUUUUUGCAUUCUUUCAAUAAAUAUUUUGAUUAUACGCAUGCCAAACUUACCAAUAAAUGAGCCAAUGUCAUAGAAUAUUACCAGUGAGUUUUGUCUUAUCAAAUUAAAACGCUUUCUAAGCAAAACGUAUGUUGUGAAUAAACUCGAAGCUGUAGUUAUUAUUCAGAUAUUAUAUGAAAGGGUUUUAAAUACUCCUCUUUGAAUAUUAGAGCAGGUUUUUACCAGCAGAACAUGGCGCUGCUGCUCCCUGCCAGUGCGACAGAUGGUAUGCUUGGGUCGACUUGCCAGAAAGCGACUUCGUUCCGUUUUGAUGAGAGAUGGGCGAUAAUCUCUUGCAGCAAUGGAAAAUUCACAUGCACAGAUAUGCUGCGUUCUACAGUCCACUCUUCGGCCUUAAAGAAAUCCUGAGUGGUGCAGUGCUAUGCCGAGCUUUUAUUUUGGUAAGUGAGGGAACGUGGCUGAUUUUAAUGGUGAGAAAUUAUGUCAUGCAGAGGAGCAGCAGGGUAGUGAUGUGCUAAUGAGGUAUGGCUGUGCGGUGGUGCAGACACCUCUUUGGACUCUGCAGUAUUUUCAUGAGCUAUUAUAAGGUCUCUGAAUGUCAGAUUUCAUGCAUUUGUGUAUCAACAACAACGUAAUCAUAGGGGAGUUCUGUCUCAUCAGCAUUUCUAUUAUUAACUCGAUAAUAUUAAACAGACAUUUAAGAUUUGUUUGAACUGCAUGCAAAGCAGGUUUUGUCUCCAACUGGAUCAUUUAGCAUCAGACUGUGCCUUGCUUUUUCUAAAUGCAAGCACAUGAUCGUGUUCCUGUUAAAAGGAUUUUAUGUGAUGGUUGAAAACAUUGAAGAGCAAAGACAAUACUGGGUUUUACAAGUAGCUACUAUUAAGAAUCUGACUUGUGCCUUUGGAUUCUUCGCCCUGAGUCAACUUUUUUGGGUUAUGUCUUUACCAUCCAGAGACCUUCAUUUUUGGCCAAUCUUACAGAUCAGCACGUUUCUAUCAAAGCCAUUAUUUUGUAACUGGCAGUUUUGGUGUUGCCAUCCUGCUGGAAGGUGAGCCUCCGCCCUCGUCUCCGGUCUUUUGCAGCCUCUAACCGGUUAUCUUCCAGUCUUGCCCUGUAUUUAGAUUCAUCCACCUCACCAACAACUCAGACCAGCUUCCCAGUCCCUCCUGAAGAAAUGUAUCCCCACAACAUGACUCAAGGUAGUGUUAGUUUUCUGCCAUGUGAUAUUAAGCUUGUAACCCAAUGAAUUUAUGCUCAUUUGGCCAGCAGACCUUCUUGACCAUAUUGCGGGUCUCUGCGGUUCCUCUAGAGUUACAUUUUGGUUGCUUCCCUAAUAUAUGCCGUCCUAACCCGACCUGUAAGUUAAAUUGGAUACUCAUACUCAUCUUCUUCACAGUGGUGUGUGCUAUGUAAUGCUAGUCAAUGUAAAAUCCCAAUAGAAUACACAUGAAUAUUAUGACGAUAUUAUAACUUAUGGAAGUUAAUGGAGUAAGUAUACCUUUUUGUGGCAAUAUCUGCUUUAAUUAUGUGUCACAGUUCUGUACUAGUGGUGAAUCUGUUAUUUUUUCCAGACCUGAUGUCUCUGUGCCUUUUCCUUGAAUUUACCACGGAUUUUUGUGGAUGUUGGCCACUUCAACCCUUUAGUCUGCAGAUUUUAUUUUUUAUUUUUUGCUUAAACAACAGUCCUCACUGUUAAUGAGAUGGUGACAAAGUGCCACAAAAUAGGCUUCAGACCACGAACAGCUGCUGUCACACACAGGAGAAGACAAGCUUCCUUUUGAGUUCAACAUCAGGAAAAAAAGUUUGGAAAACCAUCAAACGGCCAUUUGACUCGGUUGUGUUGGUGACGGGACGCACCUGAGGGUUAUGGGAUAGAAGCUUUGGAGGAUUAGACUUAGGUAUUUAGUUGUGCUGUUAUGAACUAAGCGCAAUCCUUCUUGAGAUGCUUAAGUAGUAGCAAAAACAAAAGGCUGUCCACUGGGAAUAAAUAGCUUGUUAGCACAUAAAACCAUGCAUAGGAGUAAAGCUUCUCCCAAUCUUAUAUUUCUGUGCCCCACUUCUGUCAUAAUUAUGCAUUCUAUCGAGUACGUACCUUUUUCCAUCUAAAGGAGGACGUGGAAUCCUACAUGACAGCCAAUCAGGGACCAUGCGUCAAAUUGAGAUGAGACACUUUGCGUCCCUGAACUGCUUCACCAUGGAGCCAAUAAGACGGAAGUUAAUGCAGAACUGAAGACACUAGUCACUAGAUGUCAUUCACAAGAUGAAGCUUUUUAUUUAUAAAACAUUUCCAUAAGAAUAGAGCAUUCACAUUCAUUGGUAUACUAGCAUUAAAAGGCAAGGUAAAGUUGCACAGAAGAGAAGUGGUUUGCCUUUUUUUUUUUUUUAAUGGUACCUCAAAAUGUAGAUUUAUUCUAUGGCAAACUGGCUACAAAAAUAUCAACAAAUUUAUUGCAAAUUCCUGCCAUAUUUCGUAAAUGUACAAUGUCACAAAUGCAUGCAGAAAUGUUAGGAGAGAUUACAAAUGUUGAUAAACAGGAAUUAAAACAAUCUUCAGUGACACAACCAAAUCCAAAAGGCUGCUUUGAAAAUGAAGCAAGGAAACGGCAAACUUUUUAGCAUCUUUUUUUUUAUUUAAGAGUCGAUCAGAUCUGUAGCCUAAAGUUCAAGCAGUCACCCAAAAAGCUUCUCAACCAAGAAUAAUCCAAGAAAUAACUUAAAAAAAAACAGCAGUAAUGAUAUCAGAACCUGUACAGGUAAAAAAAUAAUUCAAAUAUGUAGGCAAACAGUGUACUUUAGUGCACAAAAUACAGCAAAAAAGGCUUAGUUUUGUCAAUUUGCAGGUAUUUUUAGAUUUGGGCUAAAAAGUUUGGCCUGUGCAGCUCAUAAGGUCUAUGAUCACCUACAUUAAAUUUGCCCCCGUGAUCUACAGCGUUUGGUUACAUUACAGUAAAUGCAUCAGGCAAUACGAACUCAUGUGGAAACCUCCUGUCUGAAUAAUUUUAGUCCCUGCAUAGGAAACUUGAUUCUUUCUCCAUACCCUGUCACUAUGUAUACGCUGUUGGUUCACCCUCUCUGUCAGCACUCCUCUGUAACUGACAGCCGAGGACAUUCUCCCCAUUUUUUUUUUUUUUUUUU